AUGUCAAAUUUCACAAACAACCCGCUCAAAAACGAACAAGAACUGCACACACCGCUCACAACGGAGUGCACAGGAAAUGGAGUGGCAGAUAUGCCGGGCGAUAACGUUCCCUGCGAUCCCUCCAACCAUCAACAAGAAGAUCUGCCGCUUUAUCCGUUAGUACUCAUUUCAGUAGCUAUGAUCUUAUUGGCCAUCAGUGCUCGUUGCAGUUGGUGGUUCCUUCUAAAUCUUGGCACUCAGAAGCGUUUGCACGAUCAAGCAUGUGUGAACGCGUCAGAAGACUUCGAUGCAAACGAAGCGUGCGAAAACGGCCCAAAACAUGAGGAAACCAAAGAUGAAGAAACGAUGUCCGAUCAAGGCUUAGCGGAUCAAACGCCGAUCAACAAAGACAAUGACCACAAAGAUAGCAUCUAA